AUGAGCGGGUGGGAGAAGGAGUUCGUGCGGAGCCUGGCCGUUCCCCCGCACCCCCAGCGCAGACGGACUCGCCCCCCGGGAUCCACCGCUUUCCGCUGCGUCCUCAAGCACCUGGAAGGGGCUGCCCUCACCCAGGGAGCUGAGUACCAGCUACGUGUCUCCCUCUUCGAUGCCACCUACCACCACUUCUUUGGGAGGACAUGGAGGAGCGGCCGGCGAGCUGCCCGUGCCACCCCACUGCGCCCAGCCAGGGUGGCUUUCAACGAGACGGUUUAUUUCCACACCUCCUUGAAUCACCCCAGCAUCUCCGCCGUCGUGGAAGUGGUGGCCAUGCCUGGGAAAGGGGAGGGGGGCUCUGAGCAGCUCUCCUGUGGCUUUGGACUCAUCCCCCUCUUCGGCAGCGGGUCGGAGGUGACGGACGCGGCCACCCAGGACCGAGUGCUGAAGCUGUACCAUGGGACACCACGUGCCUUGCUGCACCCCCGCUUCCAGGACCCUAUGGAAAAGAACAAAUACCUGACGGUGGUGGAGAAGAGCCACCUGCAGUACACCCUGAAGACCCAUCGGCCCCUGGAGACCAUAUUUCACCUCCUUCCUGAAAACCUCCUGACGUCGGGGCUGCAGACUAUCCCUGGGUUGCUGCCUGCGCAUGGAGACACCAGUGACUGCUUGCAGAAGCCCCGGCUGAUGAAGCCCAUCACCUGCUACCUGGAGAACCUGUCUGUCCAGCUGUACCCGUCCCUGGAGGAGUUUGAGGAGGAACUGCUGGACUUGCUGAACAGUGAUCGCUUGCUGCAGGCCAAUGCCACCCCGGAUGGAGACGAGGUGGUGGUUCGGGAGCGGCGGCUGCACGUUGGUGUCCACAACGGUCUGCGCUUCGUCACGACACCCCAGGUGGCCGUGCUGGUGCCAGAGAUGGAGGUGGCACCGGGUGGUUGCCCAGGGGUGCCCAGCUCCGGAGCCAGGGAUGAGGGUCAAGCCCUGGUCCUGAGGAGCCGCAUCCACCUGAGUGAAAUGGUCCCUCACCCGGCGUUUGGGGUCUGCUUCCAGCUGGAAUAUGUCUUCUGCAGCGUGGGGAGAGCCACUCGGAAGGCCCUGCCCGGCGGUGCCCGCGGCGAGGCGGCCGACAUGCGGUCGGUGCGCUGGGCCCUCUGGAGCCCCGUCCCGGGCAGCGGUGAGGCCGAGGUGGUCCUGCCCCUCCGUGGUGGUCCCCGCCGAAGCCCCUGCCAAGCCCUGGUCUACAGGACCCCCCCGGGCAGCAGGAGCUCCCGCCAGGGGAAGCACGUGGAGUCUGGGACUGUCCAAUUCCAUGUUUCUACUGAUUCGGAAGAACAUCUUGUAACUGCUGCAGAGAUCCUACGUAGCGGCAGGGACGAGUCGGAGCAGCCUCCUACGCCGUCGCUGAGUCCAUCGGCCCAGCCACGGGUGGCAGCGUCCCCGCGGGGACCAGGGCUAUCGGUGUCCCAGCUGUCGGUCCCUCCGCGGGGCAGGGGCCAGUCCCCGGUGCUGCGUGGCCACAGCCCUUGGCAGGAUGGGGGGAUCACUCAUCUGGAGGCCACCCUGGACUCACCAGACACGGAGCCCUGUGCCGAUGACCAGCUGCGGGCACUGCCCUUCGCCCCCCUGCAGGUGCCCAUCGCCGCCGUGGGGCUGCAGGCAGGCAGAUCCCACACGCAGCUGUCCCGUGCCUCCCUGGCACGCCUGCACGCCGCCGGCUUCCCGGAGAUCCUGGACCACAACCAGGAGCCGGUGGGAAUCUCGGAGCCGAUGGACCCGGCUGCCUUCAGCCUGCAGCUGGAGGAGGCCGACCCUCUGCAAGGCAACGAGAUCAUCCUGCAGUUCCUGGCUUUUGGCAGGGAUGCCCGGGAUGGCACAGAGGGGACGUGGCCGAGGACCAUCUUCCUCACCUUCCAGUUCUACAGAUUCCCACCAGUCACCACACCACGGCUGCAGCUGGUCAGCACAGAUGGGGGCCCUGCAGCCGGGGGGGCUGUGCCAGCACAGCUCCUUGUCCGGGUGAACAAGGAUGGGACCCUCAGUACCGGACCCCCGGGCUUGCAGCUGAGGUACCUGGUGGAUCCUGGUUUCCUGCGGGCCGGGGAGCAGCGCUGGUUUGUGCGGUACCUGGCUGAGCACAGCCUCCAGAUCGACGUCUGGGACGGGGACUCCCUGCUCCUCGUUGGGUCUGCUGCCCUCAAACUGGAGUCCCUGCUGCGCCAGGGCCGGGCAGCCAUCAGGACCCACCAUGAGCUGGAGGUGGCCACCACGGAGUAUGAGCCGGAGGUGACGGUGAUGGGCCGGGAGGCUCUGCGGCACGGCGCCCUGCGGCCCCUUGGUGUCCACGUGGCCGUGAAGGGCCGUCUCCACCUCUGCUUGGCCAACGUUGGUCACCUGUGUGAGGAGACCCCGGUGCAGCCGCCGUCCCCACUGCCGUCCCGCUCCCGCCUUGUCCCCGUGCCGGAUGGCCCCGGCAGCCGGUUCUCCAUCAGUGCUGCUGGUGGCAGGAAGGUGUCACGGGCCCGGAGGCUGGCUGAGGUGGAUGGCGAGCUGGCAGCCGCGCUGUGUGGCCGCCGGGCAGAGGCCAGGCUGGUCCCCCCGGCCAUCCCCAGCGAGGCCACGGCCGCCCGACGGCGCAAGCUGCGGCGCAUGGCGCUGGUGCGGCAGCAGGAGGAUGCCAGCGGUGGGAGGACACCCCAGGUCUCGGGCUGGCAGGAGCAGCGUGCCCGGCACGUGCAGGACCUGCAGAUCAUCGAUGCCUACCGGCAGCACGUCAAGGGUGAGAGCAUCUCCCGGAUGCUCAGCCAGGCCAUCACCGUCACCCGCACCGUCCACGCCGUGCUGGGCACUGCUGAGUUCUUUGAGUUCACCCUGAAGAACCCCUACGGCAUCCAGCACACUGUGACCAUCGAGGUGGACCACCCCGAGCUCAGCGUCAUACUGGACCCGAGGGAGUGGCGUCACUUCAAGGAGCUGACCAAGAGCGUUACACCGGUGGAGGAGGAGAUGUUCCACCUCCGCGAUGACCUCAAGCCUCAGGUCUACCUGCGACCCAACGAGACCAUCCGCAUCCCCUUCAAAUACCAGACCUUCUCUGCGGACCCCGCUGUUGUCGCGGCUCAGGGCCCAACUGGGCUGGGCUCCGGUGCCGACACGGUUGUCAGCUCCUUGGGGAAGAGCGGGGCCGGGCGAACAAAGCACAUCCAGGUGAGGGACUGGGGUGAAACACCUCUUGAGGGGCUACAUGGGAGGAGAAACAUCACUCCUGCAAAACUCCAUCCCUCUCCUGCCAUCUCCCCGGGACAGGUCUCCUUCCAGGUGAGCGGGGGGAAGCCCAUCGCUCUCCUGAGGGUGAAGGUGGAGCCGCAGCCCCACGUGGUGGAUCAAACCUUCCGCUUCUACCACCCAGAGCUCACCUUUCUGAAGAAGACCAUCCGGCUGCCCCCCUGGCACACCCUCCCCGGUGCACCGGUGGGGAUGCCGGGGGGGGAGCCCGAGAUGUUUGUUCGCUGCAGCGACCCUGACAUCAUCUGUGAAACCAAAAACAUGGGGCCCGGGGAGCCACAGGACAUCUUCUUAAAAGUUGCCGGAGGACCAAGCCCGCAGAUCAAGAAGUUCUUUGUGGCUAUUUAUACGGAUGCCUGGUUGGCAGCACCCAUCCAGAUCUGGCAGUUCUACCUGCACUCCUUGCAGCGCCUGGACGUCAGCUGCACGGCCGGGCAGCUCGCCCGCCUCUCCCUGCUGCUGCGGGGCACCCCGGCCCCCCGAAGGGUGCAGGUCUUCACCUCCCACCCCCAGGAGCUGCAGGUGGAUCCGGAUGGUGCCUUCCUUCUGCCCCCCAAUGGCCUCCAGGACCUGUAUGUGGGCGUGCGGCCCCGGCGGGCUGGCAGCAGGUUCAUCUACCUCAACCUGGUGGACGUGGAGUCCCACCAGCUGGUGUCCUCCUGGCUGCUCUGCCUGUCCUGCAGGCAGCCCCUCAUCUCCAAGGCCUUUGAGAUCUCGCUGCCAGCGGGAGGUGGGAGAGGCUGCAACAAGCGCAUCACCUACACCAACCCCUACCCCUCGCCCCGGCUCUACUUCCUGUGCACCAACCGCCCCGACCUCCUGCAGUUCAAGGAGGAUUCCUUCGAGGUGGCCGGUGGGGAGGUGUACACCAUCGGCUUGCGCUUCGCCCCAAGCCAGAGCGUGGGCGAGGAGGAGAUCCUGAUUCACAUCAAUGACCACGAGGACAAGAACGAGGAAACCUUCUGCGUGAAGGUCCUCUACCAGUGAGGGAUGCCCACCCUGGCAGAGCAGCUGGUCCUGCACUGCCUGGCAGCCCCUCACACCUCUGAAUUUUCUCUGAAUCCUCCUAAGGUGUUGUUUGCAGGUGGGAGGGUCAUGAGUUGGGUCCCCUCGUGGUCACCUCGCUGAUCCUGGGGGUAUCACUGGUUGCCAGGACCCCUGGCUGGUGGUGCCACGCAGCUCUGGCUGCUCAAAUUGUGGAGGGUGAGUGUGUUUGCUACCACGCAGGGUGUCUUUAUUUUUGUUACUAUAUUUUGGACGUGUUGCAAUCCUUUUUUUAACUUUAAAAAGUUUGCAGAUUUGAUUCUGCGGAAUAUUUUUGAAGCGUUUUAUAUUCUGCACCGAGUUUUGCACGCACCCAAGCGGUUUUUUGUGGGGAUUUUUUUAAUACUUCUUACUCAUCCUUGAUCAAUUAAACUCGCUGUGCGGAACA